GACAUGCACAACAAUCAACAAGGCAAGAUGGUUGCAUGGACAGACUUCGAGCGAGCCACAAUCAAGGACAUCUUCUCCAAGAUCGACUAUGAAGUCGUUGGCCCAGCAGCUAUUUCCAGGUGUCUGAUUGUGUACCCCUGGACUCAGAGGUAUUUCGCUGGCUUUGGAAACCUCUACAAUGCUGCUGCCAUCACAUCAAAUCCAAAAGUUGCUGCUCACGGAAAAGUCGUCAUGCAAGGUCUGGAAAAAGCUGUGAAGAACAUGGACAACAUCAAGGCCACAUUUACAGAGCUGAGCACGCUGCACUCUGAGAAACUGCAGGUGGACCCUGACAAUUUCAUGGUAGGCAAUGCUGAACUGAUGGUACUGGGCCCAAGUAAUGUGUGUGUGUGUGUCGAUGAUGUGUUUCAUAAUUGUGUUGUGUUGCAGCUUCUGGGCGACUGCCUGGCCAUUGUGGUUGCUUCUCAGUUGGGUAAAGACUUCUCUCCCGAGGUCCAUGCAGCUUUCCAGAAGUUCCUGGCAGUGGUGGUGUCCUCCCUGAGGAGGCAGUACUAUUAGAGAGCUGCAGAGAACCAUCACAUGUUCUGUAUUUAAACUGUUUAAAUGAGCUUUCAAUAAAUCACCACUAAACAAAUUCCGCAAGUUUUUCUUUUCUUUUAUCCCCAGUCUUUGUUUAUGGUCAUGUCAAUGUGAAAUUAGU